AUGGCAAAGACAGCUACAGAGACAAAGACCAAAGCUGCGACAAAGGCUGCCAACACAAAGACCCGCGCAAAAGUUGAUAAACCCAAGCGCGAGCCGACAGCCUACCAAAUCUUUUGCAAAGAACACAUGAAAAAGUGGAAUGAGGCUAAUCCAGGAAGAGCGAAGGAGGCCAUGACCCAGAUCGCGCUCAUGUGGAAAGACGCUCCAGAAAACCCUAACCGGGGACAGGAGUCCAAGCCCCGCAAGCCUAAGGAGCCCAAGGCUCCCAAAGAGAAAGCACCCGCCAAACCAAGGACGAAGAAGACCGCACCCAAGUCGAGUAAGGUGUCGGAGGAGGAAGAGGCCGUGGAGGAUGACGAGGAACCUCAGGCCAGCGGCAGCGAUGAUUAA